ACGGCGCAUAGCGGCGAUCCCCAGACUGCACACCCGAAGUGUCCAGUCGCAGAGGGCAUUGUAGUCCAGGAUAUCUGGCGACGACUCUUGAUCCUGGUGAUCCACAUGGGUGGCGUUACAAAACUCAUUCACGAAGCUGUUCCAGCACUCGGAAAACUCUUGGGACCGAUAAUAAUUCGCCAACAGGAGCUCUGGCGUCGGAGCCGGAAGGGCAGCAUGGUCCGCCUGCGACAUGUCAUGAGACCCAUUUGAUCUACUUAGAACACUCUGAAUCCACGCACCAGAGUAUAAAUCCCAGGAACCGGAGCAUUUCUACGAGCAGUAUCAUCGAAUCGAC